AUGUCUUACGACGACUUCUUCCUGGAGGACGUCAUCCUCAAGAAGUACCACGCGGAGGUGGCGGAGGUCGUGAAGCGCUUGACAGGCGCCACCUACGUCGUCCCCUUCGACCACAACCUGCGUUCCGUGGGCCUCCAGAGCUCCAGCAAGGAGAUCAAGGGCGGGGCCAAGUGCCAACAACCCGCAGGCAUGGUCCACAAUGACUACACCUUGACCGGUGUGGAACAGGACCCAGGCGGUGAUUGGCGCCAUGCGAACCUCGACCCGCUGCUGAACCUUCUCAAUGAAGCUAUCGCCAGUGGCGAAUAUCACCCGCUGUUGGAGCUCCCUCUUUCGAAGACACCAAGCACAGACGUUUGGGUGCAGUUUUCUCAGCACGAUUUUGGGCCGGUGAAAGAGGCUGCCCUAAGGUAUGUGAAGAAGUUCGACUUGCUAAUAGAAGAAGCGAUGAAGCAAGGGCGAGUGUUGCAGAUACAGUUCGCCAAGGAGAAGCUCGAUUUGGUCAAGCAAAGAGCGGGCAACGAGGGCCGCAACUUGGCGGAGGUGUUCAUUCGGCCAGUGGAGGUGUACCCGCUCGCGUGCUGCGACGCGCGCACUGCUUCACCGGAGGACCUGUGCGUCUUUGAGAUUCACUACACGGAUCGGGUGGGCGAGAACUACUUCGCUGUGGGCUCGCCCGAACAUCGAUGGUACUACUACCCGAACAUGAAGAAAGAUGAGGUGCUGCUUCUGAAGCAGUGGGACUCAGAAGGAACUUUGUCGGGAGGCGACCGGGCGCCCUUUACGCUACACUCGGCCUUUGACGACCCGUCCAGCCCUAGCGAUGCUGAAGACAGAGAGUCGAUGGAGGCUGGAUUGGGUUUAUAG